AUGAGGCCCACAAAAGAUAUCCUCGGUGCUCUUACCGGCACUGUGACUGUCCUCACCUCAUUCGUGGCUGCGUCCCAGCCUGGGGCGGAACAGCCAGUCCCUGGCCCAAUGCGUGAUCUGAUCUGGGGGAAACUCAACUUCCUCCACACGACAGAUACUCACGGAUGGCAUGCCGGUCACCUCUUGGAGGGCCAAUACUCGGCUGAUUGGGGAGACUACAUCUCGUUCGCCCAGCAUAUGCGCAAGAAGGCCGAUGAUCACGGAGUUGACCUCUUACUCGUUGAUACAGGUGACCGUGUUGAAGGCAACGGCCUGUACGACGCAUCUAAGCCCCCGGGCAAGUACUACUAUGACAUCUAUCGUGAGCAGCACAUCGACAUUAUCUGCUCUGGCAACCAUGAGCUCUACAAGGCGGACACCGCUGAUCGUGAGCAUGAGUAUUCUGUGCCUAACUUUAGAGAUGUUUACAUCGCAUCCAAUCUUGACUACAUUGACCCGAAAACGGGGGAGAGAAAGCCUAUGGCCCGGCGGUAUCGCAAAUUCCGCACGAAGAACCAGAAGCUCGACAUUGUGGCUUUUGGCUUCCUCUUUGACUUUACAGGAAACGCGAACAACACCAUAACCAUACCGGUUCAACAGACCAUAGAGGAAAUUUGGUUUCAGCAGGCCAUCAGAGAGGAAACAGACUUGUUCGUCGUCAUUGGCCAUGUGGGCGUGCAAAUGGAUGAAUUCAAGGAAAUCCACAGGGCUAUUCGACAGCACAACCCGGACAAGCCAAUCCUCUUCUUUGGAGGCCAUGCUCAUGUUCGCGAUGCUACUCAAUACGACUCGCGCUCGUUUGCUCUAGCCAGUGGCAGAUAUUUCGAGACCAUCGGCUGGAUGUCUAUUGAUGGCGAACUGAAGAGGAAAGAGAAGCAUGGCGACUUGAAGAGGCGAGAGGAAACCUCGUCCCUGUCAUUCCACCGCCGGUACAUCGACAAUAACUUGCUUGGGCUGUACCACCACAGCGGGCUGAACAGCACCACGUUUCAUACGGAACAUGGCCGCAACGUCUCAGCUAUGAUCACGAAGGCCCGCAAGGAACUCAACCUUGACUACGCCUUCGGUUGCGCGCCAAAGUCUCUCUGGAUGUCUCGCGCUCCGUAUCCCAGCGAGGACAGCAUCUACAGCUGGCUGGAAACCGAGGUUUUCCCUGACGUUGUUGUCAAUGCCAGUAGGAAAGACAUUCCCCGCCUGGUGAUUGCCAACACUGGAGUUAUUCGUUUCGACAUCUUCGAGGGCCCGUUCACCAUUGACUCGACGUACAUUGUAUCUCCUUUCACCAGCAAGUUCGUCUUCAUUCCAGAUGUUGCUUAUUCUUCUGCCCACAAGGUUCUCAAGUUGCUGAACAGUGCUGGGAGGAUCUUUGCCGAAUCUGGCCCCAUGGACAACCGGUUCAUGGCCAAUCCAGAGCAAUUCGCUAUCCGCGAGUCUAUCAUUUACGACAACAUUGUCGAUAGUAACGGUCAUCAAAAGCCGAUGGAUACUCAUGGGAAGACGGUCCUGACGCCGGGAUACACCACACGUGACGAUGUCGGCACUGAUGGCGAUGAUACAAUUCAUGCACCCAUCAACUUUUAUGUUGUUCCGAACUGCUUCCAAGCCAAAAUUGGUAUUUCCAAAGACGAAGAGCCCAAAAAUGUGGACCUUGUCUUUCUCGACUUUAUCAAGCCAUGGGUUCUGGCCGCCUUGGAUUUCCUGGGCACUCCAUAUCAAGAUGAGGAUGUUCUGCCAUAUGUCGAAGAAAGGUUUACCGACAUGAUGGCCGGGUGGAUUGAGAAGAACUGGCCAAAGCGGUGUGAUGAGAAUGGCGUUUGUGGUUGCAAAUGA